UUAUUUGGGGUCGGACAGGUUACGUGAGGAGGAGGCGUCGGCGUGUGCUUCGGCCGUUGCGUGUGUGAGCGCUAGUGCGGCAGCAUGGCGGCGCUGUAGGCGUGGGGACUAUGGCUGAGCAGCAGCAGUGCCAGGAAGGACCAGUUGAGGAACGUCUCUUGCUGGCGUCUACUUUUAAGUCUCAGGGCAACACUUGCUACUCUGAGCAUCGGGUGAGAGAAGCUGUGAGUCUCUACCACCGUGCCCUCCUGCAGCUUCGCAGCUUAGAUCCUCAGUUGCUAAAUCCCCUGUCUGGGCUGGGCCCUCCUUCCGCCAAGCUCUCUCCUCAACAGCUGGAGGUUCUGCAAACUCUUCAGGCAGACUGUUAUAAUAAUUUAGCAGCAUGUCUCCUCCAGACUUGUCCCCCCCGGUAUGAGCGUGUCUAUGAGUGCAGCUUGCAGGUCCUAAGACUGCAGCCUUGUAAUGCUAAAGCAUUAUAUCGCGCUGGUGUCUCCAGUUACCACUUGCAUGACUUUACAACAGCUCAUCGUUACCUGACAAAAGCUGCCUCCGAGCAACCCAAAGAUUCAAACAUCAGACGUUAUUUGCAGCUGACGGAUUCUGCUCUCAGUGCUUCCCGGGAAAAAGAGAAACAGAGAUACCAGGGCAUGUUUGACUAGCUGCUUGCACAAUUUUAUUUGUGGUCUGUCUUCAAAGCUGACAAUAAAUAUAAGACUUUGUAUAGUGA